AACCCUUCCAGGCUCGCGAUUUAAACUGUUGCCAUUGACCCUUCCAAGCUAGGUUUGGAAUCUCAGGUAGCGUCCUCCGCUCGUGCCUUGGGGCGCAGCAGGGCAUCGCUGGAGGGAGCCAGGGGAGUAUGGAGCACCGAAUAAUUGGACCCGGGCCCUACCGCGCGACUAAGCUGUGGAAUGAAACAAUUGAACUUUUUCGUGGUAACAUGCCAUUACGGAAACAUCGAAGUCAUUUCAAAAGUUAUGAACGUUGCUUCACAGCCUCGGAAGCCGUAGAUUGGUUACAUGUCCUGCUCAGGCACAGCCAGAACUUUGGCCCAGAAGUGACUCGCAAGCAGACAGUACAGCUGCUCAAAAAGUUCCUGAAGAACCAUGUUAUUGAGGACAUCAAGGGCAGAUGGGGUCAGGAAGACUUCGAGGACAACCGACAUCUCUACAGAUUUCCUCCUUCUUCACCCUUGAAACCAUACCCAAAGAGAUCACCCCACCAAGCAAGUGUUAUCAGAUUCCCAGACUGGACUCAUGAGCCACCAGGCACUAGCCAGGAGAACAUACCAGUGAGGCCUAUUGUUAUGAAUUCUGAAUCAUGGUACAAGCGUCACAGUAUUGCUAUCGGAGAAGUCCCUGCCUGCCGCCUCGUCUACCGGAGACAGCUGACAGAGGCCAAUGUGGAAGAGAUCUGGAAGUCUAUGACGUUAUCUCAUUUACAGAAAAUCCUUGACCUGGACUCUCUGGAGGAAGUUUUGGAUACCAAGCUUGUCAACUCAAAGUUUAUCAUCCACAACGUAUACAGUGUUAGUAAGCAGGGAGUCGUCAUCCUCACGGAUAAAUCAAAAGAACUUCCUCAUUGGGUACUGUCAGCUAUGAAAUGUUUAGCAAAUUGGCCUAAUUGUUCAGACUUGAAGCAUCCUAUGUAUUCAGGGUUUGAAAAAGAUGUCUUUAAAACCAUAGCAGAUUACUAUGGCCACUUGAAGGAACCUCUGCUCACAUUUCAGCUUUUUGAUGCUUUUGUCAGUGUACUUGGUUUGUUACAGAAAGAGAAAAUUGCUAUUGAAGCAUUUCAGAUUUGCUGUCUCCUCCUGCCUCCUGAAAAUCGGAGAAAGUUACAACUGUUGAUUAGGAUGAUGGUGAAGAUCUGCUUAAACAAGGAGAUGCCACCACUCUGUGAUGGCCUUGGCACCCGUACUCUGAUGGUUCAGACUUUUUCACGUUGCAUCCUGUGCUCCAAGGAUGAAGUCGAUUUGGAUGAACUAUUAGCUGCCCGGCUGGUGACAUUUCUGAUGGACAAUCACCAGGAGAUCUUGCAAGCUCCCUCUUCGUUGCAGAAUUCAAUAGAGGAGCGAGUGGCCCAUCUACGAAGGGUCCAGAUAAAAUACCCAGGAGCAGAUACUGAUGCCACGCUGUCUGCCCCGCCAUUUUGUCGUCAGAUUAGUCCAGAAGAAUUUGAAUACCAAAGAGUAUGUGGCUCCCAAGAACCCCUGGAAAAAUUGUUGGAGGAAAUUAUCAUGGAUUCCAAACUGUCAGUUAAGGAUAAAAAGAAAAAACUGAAACAGUUUCAGAAAUCUUAUCCUGAAGUCUACCAGGAACGGUUUCCCACACCAGAGAGUGAAGCGUUGAUUUUUCCAGAAAAAUCAAAGCCAAAACCACAGCUGCUGAUGUGGGCACUGAAAAAACCUUUCCAGCCUUUUCAAAGAACUAGAAGUUUUCGGAUGUAAUUCUUUCUGAAGUCAUCAGUGAUCUCUUUUUGAGUACAUGGAUUUGGAGGGGGAGGGAAGCACAUAUUUUGACUACUGAAAUGUCUAAAAAAGGUUAUCUGAUUUAAAAAAAAAGUUGAGCCAUUAUCAGUAUUUUUAUAAGCAUUGAUUUCUAUUUUUUAUGUAUAGUUGGAUUUACAAUUAAAGGUCAAGUGUUUUGUAUUAGAAUGAAA